AUGUCUCAAUUGACUAGAGCAAGACUACCCAAGAAAAUCAAUGAUUUACUAACGAUAUAUACGAAGAUAACUACUCCUAGGGAUGAUUUCAAAGAAUAUAAAUCUGAAAAUGUUCCACAAGGUAAUUACAAGAUAUUCAAAGAAGGGAUAAAUCACUUUCCCAAGAUACAACAUCCCUUGUUAAAGUCAUUAUUCGAACCAAUCGAUAGUGUAGAAAUGCUUGAAACCGAUGAAAUAUUCAAACCAGAGUACAGAAAUAGAAUAUCUAAAGACGUGGUGAGGAGGGAAGACGAUGAAGAUGAAGAAUUUGAGGAUUUAAGAUUCAGUAGAAUUAUACCAACUAAAAAAACAAUCUAUACCAGUCAAUUUACAUCAGAUAUUAUGAAAUUAUUGGCAUCAUACUAUAGUCCAAGGAGUCAUGUUCCCAAUAACAAGCGGUAUGAAAAUAUGUUCAAGUGGUUCUUGAGAAAAUUGCAUUAUUCUCCAUUGAUCAUAUUCUUGAAACAACCUGCUAGAUUAUUCUCUGAACCUUCACUCCAGCAAAUUAAUUUCCCUUAUGUCAACCUUCAACGAGAAAUCAAUGAUAUGAAAGAAGAAAAUAACUAUCAUAUCACCGAAUUGACUGAAUUAGAUAUCUUGAAUCUAGCUAUUUCUUCUCAAAUGAAUUAUACUAAAGAUCAAUUAAAAUCAAAUAAAUUGGACUUGGAUAUUAAAUGGGAUGAGCUUGAAUCUGACCCUUUAAGUGAAGAACUCCAAAAACAGAUCGAUGUGAAAAUAACUAAUAAAAAAGAUAUAAUAGAUUUAAAAGACUUGACUUUCGAAACAGAUGAUGUUUUGAACAAAUUAAAAUUCAGGAAAUUACCUGAAAUUAUGACUUACGAUAUAAAUUUCAAUCAACUUUACAUCAUUACCAUUGAUAAUGAAAGUUUACAUAAUGAUCACCAACAACUCAUAAAUUCAAUUCAGCAUAGUGGGUUGGAAAUUGCAGCCAUCCGAUUAGAUACUAAUUCUCCUUUGAUCGUUAAUUCUUUUGAGAAUAUGAACAACGAUCCCCAUACGAAUAUGGAUCAUCUCCUCAAAAGUUUCGGGGAAUUGGGUUUAACCAAAGUCAAAACUGGUGUGUUCAAUAACUGUAUAUAUUUGCUUAAUAAAUAA